GAAAUAGAGAUGAUGGCUUUCUCAACAUCGAGUUUGAGAACCAUGGAGUUUACCACUUAAAUAACCUGAAUUCAUGACCUUACACUAGGAACGGGCGGGCAGCUGAUUUGCAUAUCUCAGAGUGCGGGCUAUAAAAGACCUGUUGAUCACAAUAGUCUCGCUGUAAUAGCUAUCGGAAAUGGGUUAGAAGAGGUAAGACAGAUAGUAUCCUUUUGGAAGUAAGUAAACGGACCCGCGCUGUUUAAGGAAGUAAAGCAGAAUAAAACCGUAAACAACCCUUAGUUUACAGCCACUUGUUGCCGUACGUAGAAAGCAACACGCUUUGUUGACGUUGCUACUUUGGUUCAAAGCGGUUCAACUAACAGCUCCUUAGCAACGGUACCAGCGCUGUCAAGGCAAAUGUAACCACAACAGAAAAAAACGAGAUUUGAUGAAAAUUUUCACAAAUUGCACAACGAAAUUCACAAGAAUUUGAAUUGAAAAUAAUUUACGAAUUUAAUUCUAAUAAAAAUGCAGUUAAAAUAUUUGAGAACUCUGCUAGACGGACAGGAGCAACUGAACCGCAUUGCUGGGCUGGCCUGGUCCCCGAAUCACCAAAAGCUGGCCAUCGCCACCGCGGAUCGUCACAUACUACUCUUCGACGAUGCUGGUGAACGUCGCGAUAAGUUCUCAACGAAACCCUCGAAUCCGGCGAAUGGCAAGAACUCCUACGUUAUACGCGGUCUCGCCUUCAGUCCGGACUCCACUAAGCUGGCUGUGGGACAGAGUGACGACAUCGUUUAUGUGUACAAGUUGGGCGAGUCGUGGAAUGAUAAGAAAGUUAUUUGUAACAAGUUUCCACAAGCGAGUGCGGUCACGGCGUUAAUUUGGUUGUCCACUGGAGCCAUCAUAGCAGGUGGGUUUAGUUUCUUAUAUAUUUCUAACUUCAACAUAGAGCUUAAAGAGAAACAUAAAAAUAGUGAACUCAGCAAUCCAAAAAGUUUAAAAUUUUCUCUCUCUCUCUUAGGGCUCGACGAUGGCAAAGUGCGUGCGCUCCAUUGCAAAAGUAAUAAAUCGCAGAGUCUAUACGCCGCCGACAGCAUUUGCAUUUCUUUGGCGUCCAACACCAAGGGCUCCGGUUUUCUCUCUGGCCACAAUGAUGGUACAAUAAUACGUUACUUCAUCACCGAAGAUGCCAAUGAGUCUUCGGGGCGUUUGGUCCAGCAUCCAGUGCCACCAUUUGCUUUGGCUUGGCCGCAAGGGGGCUUUUGCGCUGGCGGUUGUGAUCAGAAGAUCAUAUUCUACGACACUGUGGGACGUCCCGUACGCACCUUCGAUUAUUCGCGUAACGAUCGUGAGAUCACUGUUGCCGCCGCAAGUCCCAACGGUCAAGCUGUAGCAUUUGGCAGCUACGACAAGAUACGCAUAUUCACGUGGAGUCCACGUUUAGCCGAUUGGAAUGAGAGCGCAACGAAAGAGAUAAAUCAUUUCUACACAGUUACAUGUGUGCUGUGGCGUCGUGAUGGUGCACGCCUGGCUAUCGCCUCGGUGACCGGUGCCGUUAUACUCUUUGAGUCGGUGUUGAAGCGCACAAUUUGGCAAGACAAAUUUGAACUGAUCUUCGUUGCACCCAGUCAGCUGUUAGUGAAGUCGUUACAAGAGCCAGCAGAGCAGAUGACUAUUGAGUCUCAACUGGGUCUAGAGAUCGACGACGUGCGCAUAAUGGGUAAAGACAAUUAUUUGGUCGCACGCACUGAAGACUCUAUGAUCUUGUGCGAUCUCACGCGUAAUCUGGUCAGUGAAGUGCCGUGGACGACAUCGGGCCGACACGAACGUUUCUACUUUGAAAACCCGAAUGUUUGUUUGAUAUUCAAUGUGGGCGAACUUAGUCUCGUGGAGUAUGGUGAGAGCACGAUCUUGGGUUCUGUGCGUACAGAGUUUGUGAAUCCACAUGUGAUCUCAGUGCGUUUGAAUGAACGUGGCAACACGAAAAACAACAAAAAGUUGGCUUUCUUGCUCGACGCCAAAACCAUUUGCAUAGUGGACCUCAUAAACCAAGUCAUUAUUGGACAGGUGAACCACGAGACCAAAAUCGAUUGGAUCGAAUUGAGUGAGACAGCGCACAAGCUGCUCUUUCGUGAUAAGAAACUCAGAUUAAUCUUAAUCGAUAUAUAUACCGGUAAGAAGCAAACUCUGCUCUCAAACAUCUCAUUCGUGCAGUGGGUGCCGCAGAGCGACGUCGUCGUAGCGCAAAACAAUAACAAUUUAGCCAUUUGGUAUAACAUAGACCUACCGGAACAUGUAACCCUGAUGGCAAUACGUGGCGAUGUCAUGGAAGUCUCGCGGGACUCGGGUCGUACGAUGGUGCGUUCGCAGGAGGGUCCUGCCGAGCACACAUAUCAACUGGACGAGGGUUUGGUAGAGUUUGGCACCGCAGUAAACGAUAGCGACUUCGGACGCGCUAUACAUUUUCUAGAGACACUCGGUGACAAGCCGGCUGCCAAAGCUAUGUGGCACAAUCUAGCAGUCAUUGCGAUUGAAGACGGCAAUCUGCGCGUGGCGCAACGUUGCUACGCAGCACUCGGUAAUGUGUCAAAAGCAUAUUACUUGAAUGAGAUGAUAGAAGAGGCGGAUAAAUUUGAAGAAUCUACGGGCACUCCAGGUAUAAUGUGUCCGCAGGUGCGCGCUAAACUUGCGCUCUUGAGUUCCGAUCUGCGCACAGCGGAGCGUAUUUAUCUGGAGCAAGGCGACAUCGAAGCCGCAUUGGAAAUGUAUAAGAAACUGCGUAUGUGGGAUGAGGCGGUCAGCUUGGCUGAGCGACGUGGUUAUGGUGGUCUACAACAGUUGAAAGAACAACAAAUGGAGUUUCUUCUCUCCACCGGUCAGGAAGAGAAGGCCGGACAGGUGUUGGAAGAACAUGAGGAGCCGGAGAAGGCGUUAAAUCUAUAUUUGAAGGCGAGUAAGCCCGCACGUGCGGCACGUUUGGCCAUGAAAACGCCACAUCUUAUGGAUGAUCAGCAAUUGAUGUUGAAAAUAACGGAAGGACUCAUCAAUUGUGAACUCUAUGAGAUGGCUGGCGACAUUGCAUUGAAACUCUCACGUCCCGAAGCUGCGCUCGCUUUAUAUCGCAAAGGCGGCACUUAUGCACGAGCUCUAGAUUUGGCACGUCAAGUCGCACCAGACGAUGUCACAAGUCUCGAAGAAGAAUGGGGUGAUUGGUUGGUGGCACGCAAGCAGUUGGAUGCUUCUAUCAAUCACUAUAUAGAAGCUGGUGCCACACAAAAGGCACUCGAAGCUGCUGUGGGCGCCAAGCAAUGGCGUAAAGCGGUGCAAAUCGCAAAGGUGCUCGAUGAACCGGCCGAAAUUCAACGCUAUGCGUUAGAUCUCUCCAAACAUUUAGCUUUUGCUGGGGAUGUAGAUGGCGCUGAAGACCUGCUCGUACGCGCCAACAUGUAUAAAGAGGCCAUCGAGCUGCUCAAUCGUCACGGCAAGUGGGAACGCGCAUAUUCGAUUGGCGAGAAAUAUCUGCAAGUUGAGGAGAUGCGCGAUUUGUUUGUCAAUUUGGCGGCUGGUUUGGAGGAACAAGGUAAGUAUCGCGAUGCGGAGAAGGUCUUAUUAGCCGUGUCCGAACCGGAUCUAGCGAUUGCAAUGUACAAACGUCGUGAACUCUACGACUCCAUGAUACGUCUAGUCGAACGUUUUCACAAAGAUCUCUUGGAUACCACACACUUGCAUUUGGCUCGACAACUUGAGUCAAAGGGCAAGUUUAAAAUUGCCGAAGUGCACUUCAUCGCCUCGGGUGAUUGGAAGUCGGCUGUGCAUAUGUAUUGUUCCUCGGGUCGCUGGGAGGAUGGCUAUCGUGUGGCUAAGCAGAAAGGCACUGAAGGUGCAAGUAAUCAGGUAGCCUACAUGUGGGCGAAGUCCAUGCCGAUUGAGAGCGCCGUGCGGUUACUCACUAAACUCGGUUUACUCGACACGGCCGUGGGCUUCGCUUGCGAUUCUGGACAAUUCGACUUCGCAAUGGAUCUUUGUCGCUUAGCUGGCAAAUCUACGGAUGAAGUACAUAUGAAGAUCGCCAUGUCCUUGGAAGAUGAAGGCAAGUUCGAAGAAGCCGAAGUUGAGUUCAUCAAGGCUAGUAAGCCCAAGGAGGCCAUACUGAUGUACACGCAUGCGGGUGAUUGGAAGGCGGCUUUGAAUGUAGCUGAGUCAUAUUUGCCAGAGGCAGUGAAUGAGAUAUUAAUCGGACAAGCUUCGGCUGCUUUGGACACGCGCAACUAUCCCGACUAUGAGGCUCUACUGCUGCGCGCACAACGUCCGGAUAUGAUAAUCGAUCAUUAUAAGAACGAAGGCAUGUUCGACGAGGCGCUACGCAUAGCCGAGGAGCACUAUCCGUCGGCAAUGAAUGAUUUGCGACGUCUGCAGGCGCAAGAGCAGCGACGGAACAACGAACAAAACGACGCUUCGCGCGCUUAUUUGCAGAAAGCCGCUGAAUUCGCGAAGCGUGAAGAGUUUCGCAAAGCCGCCGAGUGUCUCAUGCAAAUCGAUGCCACAAACACGGACGAUGCGACCACAGUGGAACGUGCGCUUGUUAGAGCAGCCGAAAUCUGCAAUCAAUUUUUGGAAGGUAAGGACGCUGUCGAGGUGGCAACACAACUGGGGCCGCGUCUUUUACAAAUCAAACAAAUCGGUCCGGCUGCUCAGCUAUACUUGGCUGCAGAUAUGCCGAAAGAUGCGGUUGAGGUUUUCAUACGCGCCGAACAAUGGUCGAAGGCCAGACGUCUGGCGAAGGAAUUGGAUCCCGAACUAAUGACUUACGUGGAGCAGCAGCAGAAAUCGCGUCUCAAGACCGAAGGCAACGUCGAGCAAUUGGCGGAUAUUGACAUCAUGAGCGCCUUGGACAUGCUCGCCGAGCAGGGUCAGUGGUUACGCUGUCUCGAUAAAGCUAAGCAAAUCAAUGCAGCCGUCUUACAAAAAUAUGUAGCGCUCUACGCGGCUCAGCUGAUACGUGAAGGUGACUGUUUGACCGCCUUGAGUCUCUACUUGACUUACGGCGCACCGCCUUUGGAAGCCAAUUUCAAUAUUUACACACGCAUAGCAAUGGAUUGCUUUGCGCUGCGCGAGGAACAGGCCAAGGAUGAUCAGUGGCGGAACUUACGCGACUUUCUCUACAAAUUAACGAAGUCCCUACAGUCCUCGGAGCAUGCGCAGACACAGAUCACUAAAAAUGUGGACAAAUUCUUGUUGAUUAGUCAUUACUAUGCUGUGCGCUCCGCUUGUAGACCUGUACAAUCAUUACAUCCGAUUGCUGCGCGUAUUUCUAUAGCCUUGUUGCGCUACACCGAUAUCAUACCGGUGGAUAAGGGUUUCUAUGAAGCUGGCAUAGAUCUACGCAAUGCGGGGCGUGAGGCUGAGGCUUUUGUGAUGCUCAAUCACUACUUGGACGUGUGUGAAGCUAUUGAGGAAGGUUCUGGACAUCUUGUGGAUCACUCUGACUUGGCUGCAACCGAUUUUCCGAGCUCAGUGCCAUUGCCGGAGGACUUGCAUCUGAAGAACGACCCCAAUCUGCAUGAAGAAGUGCGCGAAUGGGUGUUGGCCAUAAGCAUGGAUCAACAGGUUGAUCAGGUGCUGCCCACCGAUGACCGCGGCCUAUAUGAGUCAGCCUUGGGACCGGACGAGCAACCUUGCGUAUUGAGCGCUUAUCCAGUAAGUGGACGUCAACCCGUCACCUUUCAAUCGUCUAGUCGUCAGGCGAAUCGUGAUGUUUGGAGUAAAUUCACCGUUGCACUCAAAAUGUCGCCGGGCAGCAAAGUUGCUGAUGUAAUUGCAUUCGUUGAGAACUGGAAUGGGCAGGCUAACAGCGCAAUGCAUUAAAGUGUGUUGUUUUAUUGGUGUAAUUUGUUGUUGUAAUUGAUUUCAUCAGUAGUAGAUCCGUAUGUAUGAUUGAAAUUCACGAUUUUACAUUGGUACAAAAAAGUUUGUUGGAACUAGUCGACCUUCGUAAAAGUCCCUUUCAUACAUAUGUACAUAUAUCCAUUUCAUACUUUGAUGAAUACUACAAAAACGCAGCAAAAACAUAAAUAAAUAAAAUAAAUUUGCUCUCAAAUUAAAUUCAUAUAUUUUAUAUAUGUAUGUGUGCAUAUGUAUAUAUAUACUUCUAUGUAUACAUAUUUAAGUCAUUUUAAGCAAUUUAUAUUCCAAAAGCUUUAUUCGCUAAUAAUUGAUAAAUCGUAAUUGAAACGUUGCAACAUUUUGUCAAUUCUUGAUUAUUUCUCCUUUUUUUAAAUUUUUUGUUCUAAAUAUACAUAAUUUAAGUGAUUUUUGUGUAGUUAUCAGUUGAAUAGAUAGAUAUUUAUAACAUUUAAGGAAAUCAUUUAAAUUAUAAUAAUUAUUAAUGUAUAUUGAAGAGAUCGCCGG